AUGGAUCCCAAAACCUCCUCCAACUCAAAACACCACCACCUCCUCCACCCUUCUUCGUCCCCUUCUACAUCAUCUCAUGAACUGCAACACCUCCUAGCCAACAACAGCAGAACCAUGGGAGAGAUGAACACCACCACCACCAGCAGCAGCAACAAGCCAGCUGAAAUCAAGGACUUCCAAAUAGUAAUAGCAGCAGAAUCAAACCCAAAGCAAAACCCACCACCACAGCCAUCCAAGAAGCAGACCCAAAGCCAAAUUCAGACCCAGAACCAGACCCAGCAGUUAGCUCCCAAGCGAAGCUCAAACAAGGACAGACACACGAAAGUUGAAGGCCGAGGGAGGAGGAUUAGGAUGCCAGCUCUAUGUGCAGCAAGGAUUUUCCAGUUGACCAGAGAAUUAGGUCACAAAUCCGAUGGAGAAACCAUCCAGUGGCUUCUCCAGCAGGCUGAGCCUUCCAUUAUAGCUGCCACCGGUACUGGGACCAUCCCGGCCUCUGCCUUGGCUUCAGCUGGUCCUCUCCCCAUUUCUUCUUCUACUUCUCAUUUCCCUUCUUCUGGGGUUCAUUCUGAUUUGGGGCCCAGCUCCAGUAGGCCCACCAAUUGGCCACCAGCAGGAGUAGGGAUUUGGCCGUACGCUUCUGCCCUUGCUGAGAAUAGUAAUCCUAACAAUUACUUGCAGAAAAUUGGGUUUCCAGCUGGGUUCGACUUGAGUGGUGGAAAUAUGGGGCAUAUGAGCUUUGCAUCAAUUUUGGGAGGGGGGAACGGUAAUAGUAGUCAUCAUCAGCAGCAAUUGCCUGGUUUGGAGCUUGGGUUGUCACAGGAUGGGCAUAUUGGAGGGAUAAAUCCACAGGCUUUGAGUCAAAUUUAUCAGCAGAUGGGCCAAGGGAGAGUGAAUCAGCACCACCAUUUACAGCAGCAGCAGAAUAGUCAGAAUCAUGAUCAGAAUCAAAGUCAGCAGCAGCAGCAACAGCAAGGUGGGAAGGAUGAUUCACAAGGGUCGGGAGGGCAGUGA